GUAACCAUGCAAGCAUUUCUGAAAGGUGCAUCUGGCAGUUCUAAACCAGCACUGACCAAAGAUCGAGGAGUUGCUGCUACUGCAGGAAGCAGUGGCGAGAACAAGAAAGCAAAGCCUAUUCCGUGGGUGGAAAAAUAUCGCCCAAAAUGUGUAGAUGAAGUUGCUUUCCAAGAAGAAGUGGUUGCAGUGCUGAAAAAGUCCUUAGAAGGAGCCGAUCUCCCAAAUCUUUUAUUUUAUGGGCCACCUGGAACUGGAAAAACAUCAACUAUUUUAGCAGCAGCUAGAGAACUCUUUGGGCCUGAGCUUUUUCGAUUGAGAGUUCUCGAGUUAAAUGCAUCUGAUGAACGUGGAAUACAAGUAGUUCGAGAGAAAGUGAAGAAUUUUGCUCAAUUAACUGUGUCAGGAAGUCGUUCAGAUGGGAAGCCAUGUCCUCCUUUUAAGAUUGUGAUUCUGGAUGAAGCAGAUUCUAUGACCUCAGCUGCUCAGGCCGCUUUAAGACGUACCAUGGAGAAAGAGUCUAGAACUACUCGUUUCUGUCUUAUCUGUAACUACGUCAGUAGAAUAAUUGAACCCCUAACCUCUAGAUGUUCUAAGUUUCGAUUCAAACCUCUAUCUGAUAAAACUCAACAGCAGCGAUUACUAGAAAUUGCUGAGAAGGAAAAUGUCAAAAUUAGCAAUGAGGAAAUAGCUUAUCUUGUUAAGGUGUCAGAUGGAGACUUAAGAAAAGCCAUUACAUUUCUCCAAAGUGCUACCCGCUUAACAGGUGGAAAGGAGGUCACAGACAAAGUUAUCACAGAUAUUGCUGGGGUAAUACCAGCUGAGAUAAUUAAUGAAGUAUUUGCUGCAUGUCAGAGUGGCUCUUUUGACAGACUAGAAGCUGUGGUCAAGGACUUGAUAGAUGAAGGCCAUGCAGCCACCCAGUUUAUAAAUCAAUUUCAUGAUAUGGUUGUAGAGAGAGAGAGACUUUCUGAUAAACAGAAGUCCAUUAUUACAGAAAAGCUUGCAGAGGUGGACAGAUGCCUAGCUGAUGGUGCUGAUGAACAUUUGCAGCUGAUCAGCCUUUGUGCAACUGUGAUGCAGCAGUUAACUCAGAAUUGUUAAAUGUGAU